AGUAACCUGUACAUUGUCAUACACAGCGUUUGUCGUGUUGGAAUUUUAAAGCAUAAAAUUAGGUAAAAAUUAUUAUAUUCCGCUUGGUGAAGAGAAAAAACAAAACGAAUUCCGAAAUUGGUCAGCGGCGGACUGGAUACAACUAAGAAGGCAGUGUAAGAAGAAAUGUACUUAUCUACCUAUCGGCACGCACUUUCUUUUUCACCUUUGACGGCAACAACGACUCUGACACAUUCCAUUGCAAUUUGUAUUCAGUUCUGAAGAAGUGCGUAAAGUUCAAUUUUGUCUUGCGGUUAGUUGAUGUCCAGGCAACAGAAAUUCAUAGAUAACUCAAUAUUAAAAAAGUAGAGCAGCCAGCCAGCAUACAAUCAGCCAAAGCGAGAACACACUUGUUGCAUAUAAAGUGAUCUCGCUCGCACACUUGGCAAACGAUCGUCGGCGACCGCCAUUGCUGCUUCUAGGCGUUGAUGACGCUGGCAAAUUGGACGAGGAGUCAAGAUGAAUACCUCCAAGGAGGGUCAAAAAUGGGAGAAAGAGACUGUAGUGAAAAUCGUGGAUCUCGAUGAAGUUAGAUCGCCGACCAAGGACAAUAAACGCCCGUCUACACGUAUGAAAUUGCUGAACGAUGUAACAGGAUCGACCAAAACUGCGUCAAGUGGAAAGCCGGAAAAGCGUUCUGCAGCAGCAGGAGGAGGUGCAGUCAUUAAAAUACUCAACGAUGAUACAAACACACCCGUUAGAGCAGAGAAACGCACAAGCGGAGGCAGCAAAAAGACAAUUAGUCCCACUGUGCCGGCACCAGCGGCUGUAAAGAUUCUUAACGAUAAGCGAUUCGCCUCACCAGUCAUGGAAACGGUAAAGAUUAAGGCCAAUCCCAGCAAGAAAAAGAAAAUGGAUCACUAUGUACUCGAAUCGGUUAAAAAUGAAAACAGUAAAGCUCCGCCGGACGUCACAGCCAAAGUUGUCGUCCAGAACGAUGACGAAGAUGAUGAUGACGAUGAUGGAGCCAUUGCCUUUAUUCUGGCCGACGUCGACGAGGAUGAGGAGGGUGAUGACCAGGAGGCGGUGGCACGUAAUAAUGGCACAAAAAUUGUGGUAUCCCGCGACGAAGACAAAGACGAUGACGAUGAGGAUGACGAUGACGAGGAAGGCGAUGAGAGUCGAGUGGUCACUGGUGGCCACAAUACAUCGGGCAAUCAGAAUAGCAUCAAGGAAAUUGUGGAGCAUGUCUGCGGCAAAUGCUACAAGACAUUCCGUCGCGUGAAGAGUCUGAAAAAACAUUUGGAAUUCUGUCGCUAUGACAGUGGCUAUCAUCUUCGCAAGGCGGAUAUGUUAAAGAACAUUGAGAAGAUCGAAAAGGAUGCGGUGGUCAUGGAGAAGAAAGAUAUAUGUUUCUGUUGCAACGAAAGCUACGACACUUUCCAUCUGGGUCAUAUCAAUUGCCCGGAUUGCCCAAAGUCUUUUAAGACACAGACCAGCUAUGAGCGGCACAUAUUCAUCACUCACUCUGAGUUCAAUACGUUUCCCUGUUCCAUUUGCAAUGCAAAUUUACGCAGCGGACCUCUUCUGACGCUGCACGAGGAGCAGCACAAGAAUCGCGGCAAGCCCUAUGCUUGCAAGAUCUGUGGCAAGGAUUUCACAAGGUCCUAUCAUCUAAAGCGACAUCAGAAAUACUCAUCAUGCUCGGCCAACGAGACGGACACCAUGAGCUGUAAGGUGUGUGAUCGUGUAUUCUACCGCCUAGACAAUUUACGCUCCCAUCUGAAGCUGCAUCUGGGCACUCAAGUGGUUAAGAAGCCGGAGUACAUGUGUCAUGUGUGCAAGAAUUGCUUCUACAGCUUAUCCACACUCAACAUUCAUAUACGUACACAUACGGGCGAGAAACCCUUCGAUUGUGAUUUGUGCGAUAAGAAGUUCUCUGCUUUGGUGGCCCUGAAGAAGCAUCGACGCUAUCACACUGGCGAAAAGCCCUACAGCUGCACAGUGUGUAAUCAAUCCUUUGCUGUAAAGGAAGUCCUUAAUCGUCACAUGAAACGGCACACUGGCGAACGUCCACACAAGUGCAACGAGUGCGGUAAAAGCUUCAUUCAGGCCACACAAUUGCGCACCCAUUCCAAGGUUCAUUUGCGUCCGUAUGCCUGUGAUUUGUGCGAUGAGAAAUUUAAAACCGAGAAGCAAUUGGAACGCCACGUCAAGGAUCAUUCACGACAGAAACGAGCCUCGUUCACUUGCUCCGAAUGUAAGCGAAACUUUCGUACUGCUGAUUUGCUCAAAGAGCACAUGGACGCUGGCGAUCAUACACCUAAGCCUCAACGCGCCAAGCGCAGUAGCACCAAAAUCACUGGACGCACCGAUUGCGCCAUUUGUGACAAGAAUUUCGAUAGCACCGAUACCCUGCGUAAGCACAUACGCACCGUGCACGAAUGUGAUCCGGACGACAUCUUUGGCGUAGAUCCACCGGCCGCGAAGCAAAAGAAGAAAGACGACAAGUCUACUGAACUGGUGGAUGCAGCAGACGAGGAAUCGUCAGUGGGUAUAGACCUUAAUCCUGCAACCGAUUCGCUCGAAGGCAAUGGUGUUGUGGUGCGUGAAUUCCUCUUGGAUGAGGGCGAUGGCACCGCUCAAACAAUUGUGCUCGAGAAUGAGACUUACACCAUACUGCCACUGGAAGGCGAAAUUGAAGGUGGAGAGGAACCAGCGGGCAGGAAACCCAAAGCAGAAUCAAAGAAGAAAUCAUCCCAGGUUUCGCCUGUCGUUAAGAAGGAACAACGUAAAUCCUUGGCUGCCAGUCUGGCUGAGGCCAUUGCUGAUAAGGUCGAUGAAGAGGACUUUACCGGCGAAGUGCUAACCGAAGAGGAUGUCAAGCUAAAGGAGAAUGUGGCCAAACUGAUUGAUAUGCUAGUGGAUCCACCGAUAUUAAAGAAAUACGGCUGGCCCAACACCUCGGAGGAGACGGUGCUUUGCAAGGUCAUCGAGAAUUGUGGACACGACUUGACCAAGGGUGGCGACAACUAUGCAGAAAUGGAAUAUGGCUCACGUAUGCGUGAAUACUGCAAACUUCUCUUCACUGUAGUCAUUCACAAUGAUUCCAUAAAGUCCUUGCUCAACAAUUUUCCCAUUGACGACGUUAUUGAAUACGUUCUGGGUGACGAGGAUCAGGAUGAUAGCGACAGCAAAGACAAGGAUCAUGAUGAUAACGAUGACAUUGAUGACGACGAGGAUAUCAUCAAUGAUGAGGACACUGAGAAUGAUGUAGAUGAUGGCGUUAAGAAGUCAAUCAAAAAGUCUGAGGCCGUCGUGAAAGUUAGGAUUUAAGGACCAUUUUAAACGAAUUGGAUCACUUUUAGAUCCAUUCGUAUCCUAACCCCCAACUGGUUUAAUUAUUUCAAGCAUUUUUGUGGUUUUGGUUUGAACACUAAGUGACCUUAAAAAUACGUUUUUUAUGAAAAUUGUUCCACCUAUUUGCAAAAUCUGAAGGGUCAAAUGCGAAAGUUUUUAAAAUAAUAUUUAAAUAGAUUGUAUAAAUUUUGUAAUCAUCAAGAGAGAUAUAUAUAUACACAUAAGUAUAUAGUUAAUAUUUUUAAUAAACCUAUUAAAGAUGCAACAAAAAUAAAAAACACUCUUACUGUUCCAUAA